AAAAACCUUUUCCCCUCUCUUAGCAAACAUCAACUUGGCCUUCGGCCGAUUCAUCCCGUACUACUUAACUCCCAUCGGAAAACCCCCUUCUCAUACUCUCAGAGAGCGUCGAGAGAAGAGUCAAGAAGUACACUAUCAGAUAUCCGCUUCCAGCAGAAUAAUGUCGAUGAAAACCAUUGUCACGGUGGCCCUUGGUGUUGCUAGUCAACUAGCUAAUGCUCAGGGUCUCGUCACCAACUGUACUUGGCAGACUGGCCUGAUGGUAGACAGCUUCCUUGGAAUGUACUGCAAUAACGACGACUGGGCGAGAUACAGCUACGACUGGACUUGGCUUGACACCAAUGCCUGCUUGGCCAACUCCGGUGGAAACCUCUAUCCUUACGGCAGCGGUAAUUAUUGGUCAACCUGUGACAACUGCACAGUCCAUGGAAGCAAUGUGAAUUUCCUUCUCAAUUGUAACUGCCUUAACGGAAACGGCCAGUUUUCUCCUGCUACCUACGAUCUCAACCGUGUGAUCUGGAAUCACGACGGCAUCCUCGGCUGUUUCAACCAUAUUGGUAACAAGACAGAAAAGGGCCCCUUUUAAUCCGGGUAUUUUUUUUCUUCCAGAUUCACGUCAUGGUGAACAAGAAUCCGCUCUAUAGCAUCAGAGACCUAGCACGUUGUGAUACAGGCUAUUCUACAUACAUGGCCUUUGAUAUCUCGAGAUACUACGAACGGGGCGCU